GAGAGAGCAGAGUGUCUGCUCUGGGGACUGAGAUGCAGUUCACAGACAUAGGUAUGCUCUCCCUUGGAUAAACGAUUGUUGUUAAUCUUAUUAUCUUAAAGGCUUUGUGAGAAAAAGUCAAGACCGGGACAGAUCUGUUGCCAUGGAUGUUUUAUCCAGCUGUUUUUUCAGGUGAAGGUGUCAUCACUGGUGCAACAAGAGGACAUGCAAGGAUACUUUCUCUCUAGAAAACAUUUGUUUGGAUGAAGAGAAGCACAGGAGACAUGGGAGACAACAUACCUGGAGGAAUAGUCGCAGCUGCAAAGAACCGGCUGCAGGUGGUGAAGGGUUUGGAGGAUGUGGCGGUGUCUGAGUGUGAGAGCUGCUCCUUUGAGGUGACCCUCAACCUGGCGUACAUCGAGGGCGUGUGGAGCAGGGAUGGGAUGCAACUCAAGUCCAAGCCCAACUGUCGCAUCAGCACGCACGGGAGGAAACACUCCCUCAUACUGAACAGGGCGGCUCUGGGAGACGCAGGCCUGUUCUCUUUCCAGGCUAAUGGCAUUCAGACCUCAGGCCAGCUCAGUGUCAGAGCUAGGGACAUCCACAUAGUGAAGGAGCUGGAAGAUGUUGACACAACUGAGCGUCAACCCGUGAACUUCAUGUGUGAGGUCAAUCAGGUGGAUGUGGAUGGUCGUUGGCACCGAAAUGACAGCAGGAUCCGAUCUGGGCACAACAUCAAGAUCAGACACCAGGAUAAAACUCACACCCUGUGCUUUGAGUCGGUCAGGCCAGAGCACGCUGGAGAGAUCAGAUUCACUGCUGAGCGUGUGUCAUCCUAUGCAACUCUCACAGUUAAAGAGCUCCCGGUCCAAAUAGUGCGUCCUCUGAGGGUGAAGAUUGCCAUGUAUCGCCACCGGGGUCUGCUGGAGUGUCAGGUGUCACGACCCAAUGCUCAGGUCAGGUGGUACAAGAACAGGAAGGAGCUCCUGUCCAGUAAGAAGUACCAACUGAUCAGCCAAGAUGUCUACAGGCAACUGACCAUCGACGACAUCUGCUCCUCGGAUGAGGACACUUACACCUGUGAUGCAGGAGAUGAUACAACCUCGUGUCAGCUUCUGGUGGAGGAGCAGGCUAUCCGCAUAGUGCGGGGGAUGAGCUCAGUGGAGGUGAUGGAGCCGAAGCCAGCACUGUUCCAGGCGGAGACCAGCCUGAAGUCAGGGAGGCCUCCACGAUGGACCCUGAACGGUGAGGUACUGGAACCGUGUGCAGCGGUGAACAUCGACAGGGACGGCACCGUCCACAGUCUCUGCCUCACCUCCACGGACAGCUCCAUGUCGGGCCCCGUGGUCUUUGUGGCAGGCAAGAGUCGCUCCAAUGCUCAGCUCACUGUGACAGAGCGACCUCUUCAGGUUGUUCACCACUUGGACGAUGCAAAGGUGAAGGAGAACAGCUCUGUGACUCUGAGCUGUCAGUUUGCUCCUUCUCCCAGGGUGGUGCGGUGGUUUAAAGGUCGCACUGCUCUGAAGACCUCAAACAAGUACAGCAUGAAGAGAGACGGGAAACGAGCAGAGCUGACCAUCCAUGGCUUGACGGGAAUGGAUGGAGGGCAGUAUCGCUGCAUGGCUGGAGGUUCACAGAGCACAGCACAUGUUACAGUAGAAGUGCGAACGCUCAAGUUGGUCAAACACCUUGAACCAGUGGAAAUUGAGGAGGAUGGUUUUGCCACUUUCUCAUGUGAGCUCAACUACGUGGUCGCCAACGUGGAGUGGCUCGUCAACAAUGUCCGGAUCUACUCCAGUGCCAUCAACAGGAUCCAGCACAUGGGCACAAUGCAUAGCCUCACAAUGAAGACGCUGCAGCCUCAGCAGAGCAGGGUCAUCUUCAAAGCAGGCCUUCUUUCUGAGACUACAAUCUUAAAGGUCAAAGCACGUCCAGCAGUGUUCCUGAGGUCUCUGGAGGAUGCAGUAGGAGAAGAGCUGGGGGAGGUCUGUCUGCAGUGUGAGAUUUCCAAAGAGACAGUGACCCCUGUUUGGAGCAAGGAUGGUAUGGUCCUGACGGCUGAUGAUAAACAUGAACUACUCCAGUUCGGGAGGUCCAUGGCGCUGAUCAUCCAUUCACUCAGCAAAGAUGAUGCUGGACACUACACCUGUGACUUGGGGACCAGCCAGACCAAGGCUAAAGUCACAGUGCAUGACUUGCACAUCACCAUUGUUCAUCGUAUGAAGACAACUUCCGUCCUGGAGGGUGAAAGCUGCACUUUUGAGUGUCUCCUUUCUCACAAUCUCGACGAUGAGGCUUCCUGGACAAUCAAUGGCCAGGUGGUGGUCACCAACAGCCGUACCCAGGUUAUCAACAAAGACCACAAGUAUGAGAUGACCAUAAGAGACGCCAUGCUCACUGAUGCCGGAGACGUGGUCUUUACAAUUAAAGACCUCAGCUGUAGAACCAUGCUUUUUGUUAAAGAGAAACCAGUGCACAUCUUCAGGGACCUGCUGAAUGUGAAGGCGGUGCCAGGUGAGGACGCAGAGCUGAGCUGUGAAAUCACCAAACCAGAUGUCACCAUCCGUUGGCUGAAAAAUGGUCAUCUGAUCAGACAGAGCCCGAAGUACGAGAUGAGUGUGGAGAAGAACUUGGCGCGGCUGGUGAUCAGGAACACCACCAUCAGAGACUCUGGAGAAUACUGCUGUGAGGCUGAGGGCGUUGCCUCCCGUGCUAAGCUGGAGGUUAGAGAACUCCAGCACACGUUUGCGAGGGAGUUGAGGGACACGCGAGCAGAGGAAAAAGCCAAAGUGACCCUGGAGUGUGAGACCAGGCAGCCAGCCAAGCGUGCGACCUGGUUGAAGGGAAUGGUGGAGCUGAGGUCUGGAAGGAAGUACGUCAUCAGGCAGAAAGGCGUGCUGCUGUCUCUGACCAUCUCCUGUCUGGACAAAUCGGACACAGAUAUUUACACGUGUGACGUCGGUACCAUGCAGAGCCGGGCACAGCUGACCGUGCAGGGCCAGAAGGUUUUGAUUCUGGAUGAACUGGAGGACGUUGAGUGUCUAGAAGGGGACACAGUCACAUUCAGAUGUCGAAUCUGUCCCAGCGACUACAUUGGGGUUAAAUGGUACCUGGACGAGACUCUGCUGUACACCAAUGAGCUCAAUGAGAUCCAGAUGGUGCCCGGAGGCUACAACACGCUCACAUUUAAACAGCUUGCCCGUAAAGACACCGGCACCAUUUCCUUCUCGGCAGGGGACAAAAGAUCGUACGCUUCGCUGCUUGUAAGAGAGAGGCGUCCCACCAUCAUUAAAGCACUGGAGGACUGUGAGGCUAUUGAAGGAGGUGGUUUGGUUUUGUCCUGCGUGACCUCAAAGCCUUGUCACAUCCUCUGGUACAAAGAUGGCUGCCUGAUGUGGAGCUCCUCCAGAUAUUCUGCCAAUCGCUCGGGCUGCGAGGCUCGACUGACGUUUCGAGAGGUGUGCAACAAUGAUGCUGGGGUGUACGAGUGCAGUGCAGGAUCUGUUACUACUAGAGCUGUUGUAACUGUCAAAGCCAUUCCUGCAGAGUUCACCAAGACCCUGAAAACUGUGGAGGCCAACGAAGGAGAGACUGUGACCAUGACCUGUGAGUACUCUCUGCCGGGGGUUCAGGUCAUCUGGAGGAAAGGCUUUGAGAGCAUCAGGCAAGGAGACAAGUACGUGAUGAAACAGAGAAAGACGAUCAACUCUAUAACCAUCAAAGCCCUGAAAACUGAGGACUCGGGAGAAUAUACCUGUCAGUGCCGAGAUCACCGCACAACAGCGAGUCUCAAAGUGCACGCUAUUCCUAUUUCAUUCAUACAACAACUGAGGAACAUCCAAGCAGAGGAGGGCAACAAUGUGACAUUGCGCUGUGAGCUGUCCAAACCUGUAAUUACAUUUGAAUGGAGGAAAGGAGAUGAGCUGUUGAAGAAUGGGAUCAAGUUCCAGAUCAAGAGGAGGGAGACCACACUGGAGCUUCUGAUCUGGAAGCCUGUGCAUGAGGACAGUGGGGUCUACAGCUGUGUGUGUGCUGAUCAGAUGACAUCUGCCACCAUCAAAAUCACUGCUCUCCCAGUCACAUUCAAGCAGAAGCUGAGGAAUGUGCUGAUCGAGGAGGGCAACACCGCGACGUUCCGCUGUGAGCUGUCCAAGCCCGGUCACACUGUGGAGUGGAGGAAGAGGGGGGAUGAUCUCAUCAGGAACGGAGAGAAAUAUCACAUACGGCAGAGAGACAUGCUGAUUGAACUGAGGAUCCUCGAUGUGACGCCUGACGACAGCGACAUCUACACAUGCAUCUGUGGGAACAUAGAGACGACUGCAACUCUGACUGUAAAUGCUCUUCCCAUCACCUUCAAGCAAAAGCUGAAGAACCUCCAAGUGGAGGAAGGACACAACAUCACAUUGUGUUGUGAGAUCUCUAAACCUGGAGUCCCGGCGGAGUGGAGGCUCGGAGGAGACGAGUUAGAGAACGGAGAGAAGUACCAGAUUAAGCAGAGGGACACGGCUCUGGAGUUGACCAUCAGAGACGCUGUGCCAGAGGACAGUGGUGUAUACGCCUGUGUAUGCAGAGAUCAGAGGACGAAGGCCACUGUUAAAGUUAUCGGUGUUCCUGCCACAUUUAGAACCAGCCUGAAGAGCCGGGAGGCUGAAGAGGGGAGCAGUGUGACGUUACGCUGUGAGCUGUCCAAGAAGGGCGUCCUGCUGCAGUGGCAGAGAGACGGUCAGGUGCUUUCUGAGGAGGUUUCUGGAGGGAGGUAUCUGAUGAAAGUAGAAGGAAAGACGGCUCUGUUGACCAUUCUCAGUGUCCAGCCAGAGGACGCAGGGAAGUACAGCUGCAUCAUGGGGGACGAGAAAACCACAGCUGAAGUCAAAGUGAAAUCACAACCUGUGGCAUUCAAGCGAGAGAUCCAGCGUCUGGUGGCGAAGGAAGGGGACAGUGGUGUUUUCUGCUGUGAGCUCUCCAAACCUGGAGCUCCAGUGGAGUGGAGGAAAGGCAGAGUUGUCCUGAAGCCCGGACAGAAGUAUGAGAUGAAGCAAGAGGGACGUCUCACUAAACUGGUUAUCAACAAUAUAGAGGAGAGUGAUGCUGGGAAAUACACCUGCCAGACUAAAGACUGCCAGUCAACUGCUGAGCUCACAGUGAAAGGUUUACCACCAAGUUUCAAGAUGCCACUCGUCAACCAGGAGGUGACGGAGGGCAGCAGUGUGGUUCUGCACUGUGAGCUCAACAAACCUGCCCCGUCAGUGGAGUGGACGAGAAGAGGUGAGCCGCUGAAGAACGGAGACAAGUAUCAGAUGAGGAAGAAGGAGCUCCAGGUGGAGAUGAAGAUUGUGGACCUCAGUCUGGACGACUCGGGAGAUUAUACCUGUUUGUGUGGAGACCAGAGCACAACAGCAAGGAUCCUGGUGAAUGAACAGCCCAUCAAAUUCCUUCAAGAACUGAAAAAUAUCCAGGUGCAGGAGGGUAACGGGGUGACACUGAGCUGUGAGCUCUCCAAACCUGACACUCCUGUGCAGUGGAGGAAAGGAGACAGUGUGUUGACCGGCGGAGAGAAAUACCAGAUGAAGCAGAACGGCUCCACGCUGGAGCUGCUCAUCAGGAAAAGCCAGCCUGAGGACAGUGGCACAUACAGCUGUGUUUGUGAAGACAUGAAAACCUCUGCCACCAUCAUCAUCACUGCGAUUCCGGUGACUUUCAAGCAGAAGUUGAAGAACCAGGAAGCCGUGGAGGAGGGCAGCGUGAUGCUGCGCUGUGAGCUUUCUAAACCAGGAGUCCCAGUGGAGUGGUGGAGAGAUGCUCAGCUUCUGAAGGAGGGAGACAAAUACCAGACGAAGCAAGAGGGCAGGAUGGCUGAGAUGCUGAUUAGAAAUGUAACCCUCGCAGACUCAGGGGAGUACGGCUGCUCUGUUGGUACUGUAGUGACUUCAGCUGACAUCAAAGUAAGAGCGCUCCCUGUAACAUUUACACAAGAGGUUGAGAAUUUGGAAGUGAAGGAAGGGGACAGUGGAGUUUUCUGCUGUGAGCUCUCCAAACCUGGAGCCCCAGUGGACUGGAGGAAAGGCAGAGUUGUCCUCAAACCUGGAUACAAAUAUGAGAUGAAGCAGGUGGGACGUCUCACAAAACUGAUCAUCAACAACGUGGAGGAGAGCGAUGCUGGGAAAUACACCUGCAAGACUAAAGACAGCCAAUCAGCUGCUGAGCUCGCCGUCAAAGCUCCUCCCAUCACGUUCAAGAUGAAGUUAAGGAACUUGCAGGUGGAGGAGGAGAGCAGUGUGACAUUGAGCUGUGAGUUAUCUAAACCUGGCCUCGCUGUGGAGUGGAGGAAAGAAGAGGAGCGUCUGAAGAAUAAUUUCAAGUAUCAGAUCAAAAAUCGAAACAGCAUCAUGGAGCUGACCAUCAAAAACUCCCAGCUGGAGGACAGUGGACUCUACAGCUGUGUCUAUGGCGAUGCCAAGACGACAGCCAAUGUUACCAUUACACCGAUUCCCCUCACGUUUAAAAUGGGUCUGAAGAACCAGGAGGCCUCUGAAGGAGGCAACGUGUCCCUUCACUGUGAGCUGUCCAGGGUCGGGGUGCCUGUGCAGUGGUGGAAGGCCGAGGAUCAGCUCUCUCAAGGCGGGAGGUAUCGGAUGAUGCUGAAAGGAAAUGUAGCCGAGAUGCACAUCAAAAACGUCCAGCCGGAGGAUGUGGGACAGUACAGCUGUGUCUUUGGAGAGCAGAAGACGACGGCUGAAGUGAAUGUGCGAGCGGCCGCAUCAGUGUUCUUUGAGAAGGAGCUGGAGAACAAAGUGGUGAUGGAGGGGAAACCUGUGCUGAUGUCUUGUGAAGUUUCCAACGCUAACGUCCCCGUCACCUGGAAGAGGGACAACAUUGUGGUGGAAGAAGGAGGGCGAUGCAUUAUAAAGAAGAACGGCCCCACGCACUCUCUGGAGAUCAGGAAACUGCUUCUGGAGGAUGCUGGAGAGUACUCCUGCAUCACCAGAGGCAAGAGGACCACCACCAAGCUGGUCGUGAGGGCUGCUUCUUCCUCCAUAGAGCGCGUGCGGAUUGUUGCCGGGCUGCAGGACGUGACGGUGACAGCAGGGGAGGAUGCAGUGUUUGUGUGUGAGCUGAGCCAUGCGGAUGUGAGUGAAGGUGUCUGGUGGCUCGGAUCUAGCCCUCUGCAGAGCAAUGAGAUGAACCAGAUGACGUGCCGGGGUCGCCAGCACCGACUGGUCCUCACCAUGACAACACCUGAGGAAACGGGCACCGUGGCUUUUGUGAUUGGGGAAGAGAGGACCUCUGCUUGUCUGCUAGUGGUCACUAAGCCCAAAGUUUUAUUCGAGGAGAAGCCCAAAGACGUUGUGAUCAUGGAAGGAGAGACAGCCACCUUGUCCUGCACGAUCUCUGACUUGACCUCCACUGUUAUCUGGAGACGGAACCACAUUCCCCUUAGCAACAGUGAUAAAUAUGACUUGCGUAAACAGGGAAAAGUCAACCUACUGCUUAUCCGUGAUGUGGAGCCUCUGGAUACUGGCAUAUACUCCUGUGAUACGGGAGACAUGCAGAGCAGUGCCAAACUCAGCGUUACAGAGCUCCCUCCAUUCUUCCAGGAGGAACUGCAGAGUGUGGAAGCCGUGGAGGGAGGUUCGGCCUCGCUGUUCUGUGAGCUGUCCAAACUGGGAGUGCCGAUUCAGUGGAAGAAGAACAGGCUGCCGCUGAGAUCCAGCAGGAAGUACGAGAUGAAGCAGGACGGCUGCCUACUCCAGCUGCACAUCAAGGAGCUCAGGCUUGAGGACAGUGGCAGCUACUCAUGUGAGGCAGGAAGUGUAGAGACCACAGCGACGGUGACAGUGAAAGAGCUGCCGCCAUUCUUCAAGAAAGAGCUGAGAAGAGUGGAGGCUGAGGAGGGACGAGCAGCCUCCUUGUGCUGUGAGCUGUCUAAACCUGGAGUGGCAGUGCAGUGGAAGAAGAGCACACUACCACUUAGAGCCAGCAGGAAGUACGAGAUGGAACAAGAUGGCUGCCUCCUUUAUCUUCAGAUCAAGGAGCUCACACCUGAGGACAGUGGCAGAUACACAUGUCAAGCAGGAAGUGCAGAGACCACUGCAACUGUGACAGUGAAAGAGCUCCCACCGUUUUUCAAAGAGGAACUGCAAAAUGUGAGGGCAGAGGAGGGAUGUUCUGCCUCACUGUCCUGUGAGGUGUCUAAACCUGGGCUUUCAGUGCAGUGGAAGAAGAACAAGCUGCCAUUGAGAGCCAGCAGGAAGUAUGAGAUGAAACAAGAUGGCUGCUUCCUCCAGCUGCACAUCAAGGAGCUCAAACCUGAGGACAGUGGCAGCUACACAUGUCAAGCAGGAAGUGUAGAGACCACUGCGACUGUGACAGUGAAAGAGAUCCUACCAUUUUUCAAUACAGAAUUGCAGAAUGUGGAGGCAGAGGAGGGAGGUUCAGCCUCACUGUCAUGUGAGGUGUCCAAACCUGGGCUGUCAGUGCAAUGGAAGAAGAACAAUCUGCCACUAAGAGCAAACAGAAAGUAUGACAUGAAACAAGAAGGCUGCCUCCUCCAGCUGCACAUAAAGGAUCUCAAACCUGAGGACAGUGGCAGCUACACAUGUGAAGCAGGAAGUGUAGAGACCAGUGCGACUGUGACAGUGAAAGAGAUCCAACCAUUUUUCAAUCAAGAAUUACAUAAUGUGGAGGCAGAGGAGGGAGGUUCAGCCUCACUGUGCUGUGAGGUGUCCAAACCUGGGCUGUCAGUGCAAUGGAAGAAGAACAGACUGCCACUAAGAGCAAACAGGAAGUAUGACAUGGAACAAGACGACUGCUUCCUCCAGCUGCACAUCAAGGAGCUCAAACCUGAGGACAGUGGCAGCUACACAUGUGAAGCAGGACGUGUAGAGACCAGUGCAACUGUGACAGUGAAAGAGAUCCUACCAUUUUUCAAUACAGAAUUGCAGAAUGUUGAGGCAGAGGAGGGAGGUACAGCCUCACUGUCAUGUGAGGUGUCCAAACCUGGGCUGUCAGUGCAAUGGAAGAAGAACAGACUGCCACUAAGAGCAAACAGGAAGUAUGACAUGGAACAAGACGACUGCUUCCUCCAGCUGCACAUCAAGGAGCUCAAACCUGAGGACAGUGGCAGCUACACAUGUGAAGCAGGACGUGUAGAGACCAGUGCAACUGUGACAGUGAAAGAACUCCCUCCAUUUUUCAAGACGGACUUACAGAGUAUGGAGGCUGAGGAGGGAGGUGCAGUCUCCCUGUCCUGUGAGGUGUCUAAACCUGGUCUGUCAGUGCAGUGGAAGAAGAACAGACUGCCACUAAGAGCCAGCAGGAAGUACAAGAUGAAGCAGGAAGGCUGCCUCAUUGAGCUCCACGUGGAGGAGGUCAAACCUGAGGACAGUGGCAGCUACACAUGUCAAGUAGGAGGUACAGAGACCUCUGCAACCGUGACAGUGAAGGAGCUUCAUCUAUUCUUCAACAAAGAAUUACAAAGUGUUGAAGCUGAGGAGGGAGGUGCAGCUUCCCUGUCCUGUGAGGUGUCUAAACCUGAAGUGUCAGUGCAGUGGAAGAAGAACAGACUGCCACUGAGAGCCAACAGGAAGUAUGAGAUGAAACAAGAUGGCUGCCUCCUCCACCUGCACAUCAAGGAGCUCAAACCUGAGGACAGUGGCAGCUACACGUGUCAAACAGGAAGGGUAGAGACCACUGCGACUGUGACAGUAAAAGAGCUGCUGCCAUUCUUCCACAAGAAAUUAAAAAAUGUGGAGGCUGAGGAGGGAGGUGCAGCCUCCUUGACCUGUGAGGUGUCUAAACCUGAGGUGUCAGUGCAAUGGAAGAAGAACAAUCUGCCACUGAGAGCAAACAGGAAGUAUGAGAUGAAACAAGACGGCUGCUUCCUCCAGCUGCAAAUGAAGGAGCUCAAACCUGAGGACAGUGGCAGCUACACAUGUCAAACAGGAAGUGUAGAGACCACUGCAACUGUUACUGUCAAAGAGCUUACCCCAUUCUUCAAGAAGGACUUACAGAGUGUGGAGGCUGAGGAGGGAGGUGCAGCCUCCUUGUCCUGUGAGGUGUCUAAACCUGAGGUGUCAGUGCAAUGGAAGAAGAACAAUCUGCCACUCAGAGCAAACAGGAAGUAUGAGAUGAAACAAGAUGGCUGCCUCCUCCACCUGCACAUCAAGGAGCUCAAACCUGAGGACAGCGGCAGCUACACAUGUCAAACAGGAAGUGUAGAGACCACUGCAACUGUGACUGUCAAAGAGCUUAGCCCAUUCUUCAAGAAGGACUUACAGAGUAUGGAGGCUGAGGAGGGAGGUAAGGUCUCCCUGUCCUGUGAGGUGUCUAAACCUGGUCUGUCAGUGCAAUGGAAGAAGAACAAUCUGCCACUCAGAGCAAACAGGAAGUAUGAGAUGAAACAAGAUGGCUGCCUCCUCCACCUGCACAUCAAGGAUGUCAGACCUGAGGACAGUGGCAGCUACACAUGUCAAGCAGGAAGUGUAGACACCACUGCAAGUGUGACUGUCAAAGAACUCCCUCCAUUCUUCAAGAAGGACUUACAAAGUGUGGAGGCUGAGGAGGGAGGUGCAGUCUUCCUGUCCUGUGAGGUAUCUAAACCUGGGCUGUCAGUGCAAUGGAAGAAGAACAGACUGCCGCUAACCUCCAGCAGGAAGUAUAAGAUGAAGCAGGAUGGCUGCCUCCUCGAGCUCCACGUUGAAGCGCUCAAACCUGAGGACAGUGGCAGCUACACAUGUCAAGUAGGAAGUGCAGAGACGAUGGCAGCUGUGACAGUGAAAGAGCUGCCUCCAUUCUUCAAGAAAGACUUGGUAAGUGUGGAGGCUGAGGAGGGAGGUGCAGCUUCCUUAUCCUGUGAGGUGUCGAAGCCUGGAGUGUCAGUGCAAUGGAGGAGGAACAAUCUGCCACUGAGAGCAAACAGGAAGUAUGAGAUGAAACAAGAUGGCUGCCUCCUCCAGCUGCACAUCAAGGAGCUCAAACCUGAGGACAGUGGCAGCUACACAUGUCAAACAGGAAGUGUAGAGACAACUGCAACUGUGACUGUGAAAGCGCUACAAUCUACUCCACCAAAGACAGAGCCUCCCACGAUACAACCUCGAGUAAAGGGCUCUGUUUCCAAAACAACUCCUUCUCCAGAGAAUGAGAAUUCUGGUCUCCCAGAGGCCAAACCUGUUCCUCCAGAGCCCAAAAAGAGAGCUAACAGGAAAGCAUCUAUUACAAAUUCAGAAAAAGAUGUUGAGCCAUUGAUGGAUCUGAAAAAGUCUCUGAGGGAGAAUAAAGAAGACCAAAAGGGAAACCAACUCGUGAAAUCUAUGGAGAAGGAUUUUGAUAUUGUGCACAAUAUAACACAACAGGAGAAGAAUGAGGAGAACGCUGAUAAGUCUGUGAGUUUACUGGAGACGGAUAUCAGGCAGGUCGAAGAGCCAGGUAGAUCUUUGGAAUCAGAAACUGAACUUUUCCUGGAGCAGAAACAACCAAGAUGGACUUCAGAGGACACAGUUCAAGCUGAUUUUAAAUUACGUCAGUCAGAGAGGAUUCUGGGUGACGCUGUGGUUGAACAGACAAAGCCGGUAUUAAUGUAUCAGGAAAAGGAAGGUGGUGUUGGGCCAAGCUUAAAACAACCAGGAAAGCCUACAGAGGUAAUAAGUGUGGUUGAGAAGAAGGUGAAACUUCCAGGAAUAAUCCAGUGGAAGGACGGCGAGGAAGAGCCUGUGAAACCCCUGGAAAAGUUAAUUGGGAAAGAAACAAAGGAACAUGUGAAGUCUACAAUGAAGGAAGGUGACAAGACAGCAGAGGAACCCUUAAAACCACCAGUCAGAUCUAAAGCAAAGACAGCAGAGGGAAAACAAUCUAUGUUUGUUGUGAAUAAAACUGAGGAGGUAAUUCCCCAUGCAUUAGAGACGAGUGUAAACGAUUCACAGAAAGACCACGAACAGAGAGAGAGUUUAAAACAACAAGAGGCAGGAAGAGAAAACAAGCCACUGGUGCAGGUUCCUGUAAAUCGCUUGGACAAAGCUUCAGUAGAACAACAGGAAAAACCAUCAGAAAGAGAGGCUGAGGCUCCAAAACCACCUGUGAGGAUAAAAAGUAAAGCAAAGGGAGGAACGGAGAGACAACUAUCAAGGGAAACAGAGACAGAUAAUGAAGGACAAGAGCUAACAGGAGGUGUAGUGAAAAUAACGGGUGAUCAGUCAGUAAGACCUGUGGUUAAAGAGGUCAAAGAGAAGCCAAGAUUUGAGAGGAAACCAUCAGUAACAACAGACACUGAGACGGACGAGAAAAUCAGGCAGCCUGUGAAAGCUUCAGAGAAAGAAGAAAACACCAAACAGAUGAUAAAACAACCGGUGAAACCCAUGAGAAAGGAAACUGAAGCUGACAAGGAAAUUAAAUUGGCAGUCGAGCCAACGAGAAGGGAGGAAAGGCCACAGACGAUGAAGAAGCUAGAGGAUGUUCCCCUUCUCUACAUUUCUGAGGAUGAAACUUUCUUAGAGGCUUUGACCGAGAUACCGGUGAACCACAGCGAGAUCCAGCCCAUUGGUUCUGUUACUGAGGGGUCAACUCAACCCUCUAGUCCUCCUCCAAUUAAUGUCCCCCAGAAGACGCAACCAUCCGAGGAGGCUCCAUCCGAGGAGGCUCCACCAGAGUUCGACAUCAGCGUCGAGGAUGAGCCACAAUUGCAAGAGGCUGCAGUCAAGAUCCAGGCUGCAUUUAAAGGCUACAAAGCCCGCAAAGAUAUGCGACCUGUCUUUAGAGAGGUGUUCAAGAACCAGAGUGCAGACGUUCAUAGCACACUCACUCUAGUGUGUGCUGUGGAAGGGAAACCCAGCACAGUGCGCUGGCUGAGAAAAGGCACAGAAAUCACUAAUGACCACCGUUGCCGUUCUAAGACCACAGCAAAUGGUGAGUGCACGCUGGUGAUCAAGAACCUGACCACCAGCGACAGUGGAAUCUAUACAUGCGAGGUGGUGAAUAAGUUUGGUGUAACCUCCUACAAUGGAAACAUCACAGUAGUGCAGCCUCAGCAGCCUGCUCCUGCAGCACAGAAGCCUGUACACCCACCGCUUGCAGCCAUAACUCCUCUGCAACUUGCAAAACCGACGGUCCAGAGUCCAGGACCGAUUCCAACUGCUGCUACAGAUGCUGCAAACUAUGUAGAAAGUGUGAGCAUCUCUCUGUGGGAGGCCUACAACCUGACGGAGCAGGAUAUACCAACGGGUCUGCAAGAAAGGAGAGGAUCAUCUCUUAUUACUGCCAGCUCCAUGUCGAGUCCGUCUGAUUAUGACACAGCUCCUGAUAUAAUGGAACCUGUUGAAACUGGUCCUGCUGUUCCAAGGGAAGAACCAAUUGCAGAAGUCCAAGUAUCUCCAAAGGUUGAUAAAGAAGAGAUAGCUGCUCCACAGCCUCCUAAGCAACUACUGAAGGUCAUAGGGGCUCCUGAUGGCAAAAUGAGGACACAAUCUCCAAAGCACCAUCGUGCUCACACACCCUUAGCUAGCACCGUCUCUGGAUCAGAAUCAGAAGGUGAAGAGGACAGCAGAGAGACGUUUGAAAUGUAUGUGGCUCGAGCAGACUGCAGCCCCAACAGUGGGAAUAAGGACAGUUUUAUUCUGAAGGAGGGUCAGUUUGUAGAGGUGCUGGACUCUGUUCAUCCUGACAGGUGGCUGGUGAGGACCAAGCCCACUAAAACUAGCCCUGCUCGACAAGGAUGGAUGUGUCCAGCCUAUCUAGAGAAGAAGAGAAGGGAGACUUUCCCACAAGUUAGAGCACCUCAAGAGGAUCUUGAUGGAAUAGGGUCUUCAGGAGAAGAGUACAGGAGAGCUCUGAGUCAAUUGGUCCAAGGCCUGGUUGAUGGAGAGGAGGAGUUUGUGAAGGAGAUGAAGACAUUCACCUCUCACCAGCUGAAUUAUCUGGACUCGAGUCGCCACAUCCCCAUUAACAUCCUCAACCAGAAAGAGAUCAUUUUCAGAAACAUCAAGGACAUUGUGUUGCUGCAUGACAGGUCCAUCCUGCCUGGUCUAAGAGGCUGUGCCACAGACGAUGACGUGGCCAUGCAUCUGAUCCAGCACACUGAAGACUUUGAGAAGUACCUUCACUACAUAGUGGGACAAGCACAAGCAGAAGCCUGCGUCACUGACAAGGCUACCCAGCAGUAUUUCAAGGAGUUAACAGAGUCUGGUCAGCGUGAUGCUCCCUACAUGGAUGUUCUCACCUUCCUCCAGAGACCAGUGGAGAGGAUUCAAACCUACCAGGCUUUACUGAAGGAGUUGAUAAAGAACAAAGCCAAAAGUGGUCAGAGCUGCUGUCUGUUGGAGGAUGCCUUCUCCAUGGUGUCCUGUCUGCCCUGGAGGUCUGACAACCUGCACCAGGUGUCCCUCAUCGAGAACUACCCUGCUCCUCUAACUGCCCUGGGUGAACCUGUGCGACAGGGAGUCUUUACAGUGUGGGAGGACACGCCAGAAAUGAAGACGGCCUCUAGAGGGCAUCAGAGACAAGUCUUUCUCUUCAAGGACUGUAUUGUGCUGUGUAAACUGAAAAGAGACGCGCGCAUGAACAGUGUCACCUACACCUUCAAGAACAAAAUGAAGCUGAAUGACGUGGAAAUAAAGGAGACUGUGGGUGGGGAGGAAAGGUCCUGGGGGUUAUGGCACGAGCACAGGGGCUCAGUGCGGCGGUACACACUGCAGGGCCGCUCCGCACUGGCUAAACUCCCCUGGCUCAAGGACCUGAAGGAGCUCCAGCAACGCUCCAGUCUGCCCACCAACAGUCCACCAGUGUUCGAGUCCCUGUUGUCUGACUACACAACAAAGAUAGGACAAACUAUUAAACUGACAUGCAAGGUCACAGGAUCACCCAAACCAGUGAUCAGCUGGCUCAAAGAUGGCCAUCCUCUGGAGGACGACCCCCGUCAUAUUAUCACAGCGGACCGCUCUGGCACCUGCAGCCUGAUCCUGGACAGCCUCACUGCAGAUGACUCCGGACAGUACACGUGCUACGCUACCAGCUCCAUGGGCGCUGCUGGUACUCUGGCUAAGGUUGUGGUGCAGGCGCCACCCAGAUUUGUGAGUCGGCUGGAGAGUGCGUGUCUGAUAGAAGGAGAGGAUAUCCAGUUCAUUUGUUCCACACUCAGCACUCCUUUACCCAGAAUCAGGUGGUUGAAGGACGGCAGAGAGUUGGCUGACCGGCAAAAAUAUUUGAUCCUGAAUGAUGUUCGGAGUGGAAUAUUGUGUCUGACAAUCAUCAGGGCAACAGAGGCAGAUAUUGGACAGUACGAGUGUGAGCUCUGGAACGAGUUUGGCUGCGUCAAGUGUAAAGCUGGCCUGUGCCCGGCUUAUGUGCCACCGACUGACGAUGAGAACGACCAACCUCAGGACUUGCCUCCUAAAGGUAGGACUAGCAGAGCUGCUGAAGGUAAAUACCCUCCACAUAUGAUGGAGACCAUCAUGUGGUCGAUCCACACUUCCACAUGGGACGAAGCACAUGCCAUUGUCCAGUUUUACUUCUCCCUUACUGCAUCACAUCAUGUGACUUCACUUUCCAACAAACUACACCCAUUAGCAUCAGUUUCCACUUUCAACCACUACCCCUCAUCCAUUCGAUCCAAUUGACUUCAUUU